GAACACUUUCGAACUCCUUUUCAACAGUAUUUUUUGUACUCACACAUGCAUGUGUGUAUCUAUUUCGGACAUUUUUCGUUUCCUUUGUUGCACACACACACAGGCAAACAGAAUUGGGAUAGGAAGGUUCAAUUGAACUCGGCAGUUAGCUGGGAACGGAUCUUUUAAGUUUUGCAAUUUGGGUGUGCAAUGCCAAAAGCCAAGCAACCCGAACUGGACGAAGACCCAGAGUUCGAGCAAGCUGAAAUCAAAUCUGAGCCAGACAAUCAGCAGCACGUUCCAUAUAUACUGAAUGGGGAGCUUUAUCGGAUUGAGAGUCAGAUUGGCGACAAUGUGACCGUAAAGUGUUGCUACUGUCCGCCGGAUCGCAUUUAUCGGGGCAGUGUGCGCUCCACCGGAAAUUUUCAUAUGCACAUCAAGCGUCGACAUGCAUUUUUGCUGGGCAAAUUGCACCAAAUGAAGGUGGCGGCGCUGCUGGAACGACGUCAUCGCAAUACAAAAAACCGUCGUGUCGCCAAAAAUCGCAAGAAAUCUACAACGCCGGACGCUGUUACAGGUUCGAUGGACGCAGCCGCAGCCGCAGCUUCAGCCAUAGAAGUACCAACAACAACAAGCACAGGCUCCGAGACGCAUGAGCUGAAAAUCAAAACGGUUUUUCAGCGACACAAACAAGAGCACUACGAACAGGAGGAAGCGGCAAUACGAAGAUCCACCUCUUCCUGCGAUUCUUCGCAAGAUAACGUUAUCCAAGGCACAGAUAAAUUAUCCAUCUGUAGUACAAAGCAAGAUAAUAAUAUUAACAGUAACAACAAUAACAACAACAAGAACAUUACCAUUGCUUAUAAUAAUAAUAACAGUAUACAGCAACUACGGCAUGCACAACAUCUGAAUGUGAACACAGGCACAGUGAGUACAUUGGAGGAGGUGCCCCCUGCAACUGGCGAGGCAAUUGAAAUGACAGCCAUGGUCAGCAUACCGCGCAUGUUCCCCUUCAGUCCGAUCAAGCCGGAGCAGCAGCAGCAGCCACAACAGAUGAGCGUCGACCAGCCGGAGGCCAUUGAUCUCAGCCGCAACUCGUGGCUGCAAUGUGAUGAGAUAGUAGCACCCAACGCUCUGACCCACGCCGUGCAGAAUGUUGAAAUUGGCAUAGCACGCGCACAGGAAUUGACCGCUUUUGUCAAUGGACCAUCGCGUGAGGUUUUGGUGCGCAUCGACAACUCGCUGGCGGACAUUCGGGAUGAGAUGCUGGCCCGCAAUCAGAUCGAGCGCAAUCGCUUACUGUUGGACAUGGCCAAGUUUAAAUUUCUGCAUCCUAAUUUCAAUUUUGAUGCCAGUCGAUAGAGAAGCUUUAUUGCUAUUUCAUUUAAUAAACGUUAGAAAUCGCUCUUCUGGUAUUUUUCUAUUCAAAGCAUUGACUGGCAUCGAGUACAUGUAAAAUGUUAUCGAUAAGAGUCUGCUCAUUAUCAAAUAUAUCGAUGUUUUUCGACUACGAAUAACUA